ACUUUGCGAUGACAAAGAAAAAUAUUAUUUUUCGUAAUCAUUGUGAAAUUAUGAACAUAGUAACUCUCUUCUUUCUUUUCGUUUGUGUCUACACAACACUUUCUUUCUCAAUUCCAUUAAAGUAUGACAAAAUCUAUAGCUUUGGUGAUUCCCUAGCAGACACCGGAAACUUCUUGCAUUCAGGUGCAAUGACAAACCCAGUCAUCGGAAAGCUUCCGUAUGGUGAGACGUUCUUUCAUCAUGCAACUGGUCGUUGCUCAAAUGGAAGGCUUAUCGUUGACUUCAUCGCUGAGAAAUAUAGCGUACCAUAUCUACCACCAUAUUUAACAAUUGUUGAAAGCUUGAAGUUAAAAGGUGAACAUGGAGUUAACUUUGCUGUUGCUGGAGCUACUGCACUUGAUUCGAAAUUUUUUUAUGAUCAAGGCAUUGGGCAAGCUCUUUGGACAAACCACUCCUUAACCACUCAGUUGGGCUGGUUCAAGCAGCUCAAGUCAACCAUGUGCACAACUAAACAAGAAUGCGAUAGGUACUUCAAGAGAUCGCUAUUUCUAUUGGGAGAAAUUGGUGGUAAUGACUACAAUUAUGCAUUUUUCUUGGGUGUAACUGUUAAUAAAUUAAAAAGAAUGGUGCCUUCGGUUGUGGGUUUGAUCACUGCUGCCGCCAGAAUGUUGAUUGAAGAAGGUGCCAAGGAGUUGGUGGUGCCAGGGAAUUUUCCUAUUGGUUGCUUGGGGGCUUACCUAACGUUGUUUGAAACUAAAGACAAAACAGCUUAUGAUGAAAACGGUUGUUUGAAAGCACACAAUACUUUCUCAAAGUAUCACAAUGCUCAACUCAAGCUAUCCUUGGAGAAAUUAAGGCAUAAAUACCCUCAAGCUCGGAUCAUCUAUGCUGACUACUAUGGUGCUGCGAAGGCCUUAUUCCACAUACCACACCAUCUUGGACUUGAGAAUGGAGCUUUGAAUGCUUGUUGUGGAGGGGGUGGACCAUACAACUUCAACUACAAAGCAAGGUGUGGUCACAUUGGUUCAAAAGCAUGCAAGGAUCCAUCUACUUAUGCAAAUUGGGAUGGGGUGCACCUGACUGAGACAGCUUAUAGGCAUGUAGCUAUGGGAUUGCUCAAUGGAAAUUUCACUUCUCCACCUAUCUAGUGUUCAAUUUCUUCGAAUUCUUCAUCUAUGUUGUAAUAAAUAGUUAUAUUUUGUUAUUUGUUAGUGCAGAAAAAGAGUUUAUUUGCUCAACAAAUUAGGAAAUAGUUUUAUAUUUUUGAUGGAUUUAUUGGAAAUAAAAUGGUUAAUUAAUAUUUAAUAAGAUAUAUCUUGUAGUGUGUA